AUGGAUGACGAUGAUGAGAUACAGUCACACUCAAACACCACCGAAUCUUCCUCACCAUCACCAACACCACCGAACGGAAGAAUCACCGUAACUGUUCCCGCCACCUCAACGGUGCCUCUAUCCAUGCCGCCGCCACCACCACAACAGAACGACAACAGCUUAGCCCUUGUUUUGCCAACGAAGUUGAAAACGAACUGCGGCGGAGGAGGAGGAAGAGAGGAUUGCUGGAGCGAAGGAGCAACAGCCGUGUUGAUUGACGCCUGGGGAGAAAGGUAUUUAGAGUUGAGCAGAGGGAACUUGAAGCAGCAGCACUGGAAAGAAGUGGCGGAAAUUGUAAGUAGUAGAGAGGAUUAUUCAAAAUCUGCUAAAACUGAUAUUCAAUGUAAGAAUAGAAUUGAUACUGUGAAAAAAAGUACAAAUUGGAAAAAGCGAAAAUGGCUUCGGGCGGUGGGCCAUGUUCUUGGCCUUUUUUUGAUCCUUUGGAUAGAUUAA